AAGAAGUCGUUCGCUCUCCGCUUCUUCUCGACGUCACGGCGAAACUGUUCCUACCCGGCAGAGGAAAAAAAAAUGUUGCAGAAUGAUGUAAAAUUCUUGCAGCCACCUCCAGAAAUCAGGAAAAUUGUGAAAAAAACGGCACGUUUGGUUGCACAAAAGGGUUUGGAGUUUGAGGAGAGGAUCAUGUCCACUUAUAUGAAUCAUGCAAAUUUCAGCUUUUUGAGGAGCUCAGACCCUUUUCACUCCUUUUACCAGUACAUGCUUGCUAAAUAUCGCCCUCCUGAAAGACCAAGUUUUAUGGGUUGUUCUUUUGAUGGAUAUUUUUCAUAUCCUCCUGGGCUCUCACUCAAGGAGCUUGGUAUUAUUAAGCUCACGGCUCAGUUUGUGGUGCGUUAUGGUCCGGAUUUUCUGUUGCCUUUCAUGAAGACAGUGGAUAAGAACCCUCUGUUUGACUUUUUGAAGCCUACCGAUACAAGGUUACUUUUUUAUGUGGGGCUUGUUAAAGCGUAUGCUCAAGUAUUGAGGAGUACUUUUGAUUGUAUGGAGACCGUUCUUCAGAAGUUCUUACACCAUCUUCAAUUGGAAAAGCUGGAGGAGGGAGUGGAUAUUGCUUUGAUUGAUUUGCUUGCUUUUACGUCUGGUGUUGACUGUUUUACUUACAUGGAGGAUGAUUACUAUCCUAUUUCCAUGCCACCACCUGAUCCCCUUUCCCUCGUUUUAAAGAGCCGUGGUAUGCUUGACGACCGUGGUAUGCUUGUGCGUACCGAUUACCAUGGAGCUCAGUCAAUCCACCCUGAUGCUCCAGCUGCUAAACCUUCUCUUGAGUUUUCUUUUCUGGGUCCGCCUCCAACACCACUUUCCCCUGCAUGGAUCACACUCAAGGAGCUUGGUUAUAUCAAACUCACUGCCAUGUUUGCCGCGCGGUAUGGGAUGGAUUUGUUGAAGGAUGUGGUUUCGUCAAUGUUUAAGUUUAUGAAUCCAACUCAUAGCUGGUUCUAUCUUUUCAAUCUGCUUGUUGAUGCGUAUUCCAGAGUAAUAAGAAGGCCGUUGGGAGAGCCAAAGAAUCGUGGCCAUUCCGUUGUUGAAUGUUUCUCCGUCCAUCUUCAAGUCGCCGAUCUGUGGGACGGAGUGGAUAAGGGUAUGAUUGAUCUGCAUGCCUUUGUGGGUGGUGUUGACUGUUUUGCUCACAUGGAGGAUGAAGAGUAUUCUGAUAGGUUGCCACCACCUGUACACCUUUCAGUGUUGAUGAAUCAGCUCAAACAAAUGCAGCCUCCACUGGGAUCUCAGCUUACUGAAUACCGUCCUCACAGUCAAGAUGGACCUCAGGAUAUCCAGCCUGAUGCUCCAGCUACACAACUUGACCUUGUUCCUCUAAGGGAUCCACCUCUAGAACCUCGCAAUCGUGCUUUUACAUUACCUGCGGGGAUCACACUCAAGGAGCUCGGUAUUAUUAAGUUCACAGCGCUGUUUGUGGCGCGGUAUGGGGAGGUGUUCAGGCAGAGACUGGUUACGCACCCUCAGUUUGAGUUUUUGAAGCCAACUGAUGGCAGGUUCUGUUUUUUUUUCGAUAGGCUUGUUCACGCGUAUUCCAGAGUACUAAGGCUUUCCAAAAAGAUGAGGAAGAAUGAUUUUUGUCAGGAGACCGUUCUUAACACUUUUUUCCACCGCCUUCAACUGGAGAAGCUGGACAAGGGAGUGGAGAUGGCUAUGAUUGAUUUGCAUGCUUUUGUGGAUGGUGUUGACUGUUUUGCUCGCAUGGAGGAUGAAGAGUAUGCUGCUAACCUGCCACCUCCUGAACACCUUUCAAUGUUGAUGAAGCAACUAAAACACCUGCAGCCUCCACUGGGAUCUCAGCCUCUAAGACCUCACGAUACUGCAUCUACAAAUACUGCAUUGAUCUCACUCAAGAAGAUUGGUAUUUGUAUGCUCGCUGCGCAGUUUGUAGCGCGGUAUGGGAUGGAUUUGAUGGAGAUAGUUGUUGCAAACCCUCAGUUUGAGUUUAUGGAGCCAACUAACUCAAGGUUCUAUUUCUUCAAUAAGCUUGUUGAUGCUUAUUCCGGGAUUUUAAAGCCUUCCAGAAAGCUGAAAAAGAGUGAUGCUUUUGGGGCGACCGUUGUUGAAUGUUUUUUCAACCGUCUUCAAUUAGACAAGCUGGAAGAGGGAGUGGAGAUGGCUGUGAUUGAUUUGCAUGCUUUUGUGGGUGGUGUUGACUAUUUUACUGUCACAUGUGGUGGUGAGAAUCCUGCCGCCAUGCCAGCACAGAAAAGCCUUUCAAAGUUGAUGACACGGAUGCGGCCUGGUAUGCUUGUGGAUCCUCCACUGGGAUCUCAGCUUACUGAAUACCGUGCUCAGAAACAAGAUGGAGCUACUGACGAGUGUUACCGUCAUGAGCCUCCUCCUUCAAUGGAUCCGCCUCGAAGCUCUCUUUGCCGUCUUUCAUAUACAUUACCUGAUGGGAUCAUCACACUCAAGGAGAUUGGUAUUUUGAAGCUAACGGCGCAGUUUGUGGUGAGGUAUGGGAUGGAUUUGAUGAGGAGAGUGGUUAGUUUCCCUCAUUUUGUGUUUAUGGAGCCAACUAAUAGCUGGUUCCCUUUCUUCAAUAAGCUUGUUGAUGAGUAUUCCAGAGUAUUAAAGCCUUCCGGAAAGCAGGGGAAGAGUAAGUUUGAUAAGCAUGCUGGAGGAGUUAUUGAUUGUUUUCUCCACCGUCUGCAAUUGGACAAGCUGGAGGAGGGAUUGGAGAUGGCUAUGGUUGAUUUGCAUGCUUUCGUGAGUGGUGUUGACUAUUUUAUUUUCAUGGAGGAUGAUUAUAAUGAAACGGAGGAUGAAGAGUGUUAUGAUCACUCGCCACCACCUGAACACUUUUCAAUGUUGAUGAACCGUAUAACCCAAAUGCAGCCUGGUAUAACCCAAAUGCAGCCUGGUAUGCUUGUGGGAUCUCAGCGUACUGAAGACUGUGGAGCUCAGAGUAUCCACCCUGAUGCUCCAGCUACUCAUGAGUGUGUAGGUGAUGCACAACCCGAUCUUGAGUGUACUCCUCCAAGACCCCUUCACAGUCUUGCGUUGGCAUUUCCUGCAUAUCUCGCAGUCAAGGGGUUUAUGACAGUCAAGGAGCUUGGUACUAUGAAGCUCACAGCUCAGUUUGUGGCGAGGUAUGGCAUGGAUUCGAUGAAAGAAGUGGCCGCGUACCCUCGGUUUGAGUUUAUGGUGCCAACUCAUCGCUUUUUCCGUUUGUUCAAUGAGCUUGUUGAUGCGUAUUCCAGAGUAUUAGAGCCUUCUAAAAAGCUGUGGAAGAAGGAGACGUCCGUUGUUGACCUUUUUUUCUACCGUCUUCAGUUUGUCGAGCUGGAGGAUGGAGUGGAGAUGGCUAUGAUUGAUUUGCAUGCUUCUGUGUCCGGUGUUGACUGUUUUACUCACAUGGAGGAGUACAUGGAUGAUGAAAAAGAGUAUUCUGCUGGCGUGCCACAACCUGAACACCUUUCAGUGUUGAUCAACCUACUAAAAAAGCAGCCUGAUAUACUUGUGCGGCCUUCAGCUGGUCUACUGGGAUCUCAGAAAAUCCAACCUGAUGUGCAACGUGAGGAACCAAGGCGAAAGAGACAAAAGCAUCUGAGAGAAAAUCAUCCGAGGCGAAAGAGACAGAAGCGUGACUGUGAUGUGCAACAUGAGGAAACAAGACUUCAAGCACCAAAAGCAGGAAGAAGCAAUGUGGAGCUUGUUAUGAAACAAAAAAAUUCAUCUCAAAUAAUAAACCGAAGUACAAAACUCAGAAGCUUGAUUAUUGGAAACAGUCAUGUUUAAACUCAGAAGCUUCGCAUGUCUCCUCUUUUUCUUCUAAUACACAGAGGAAUUGAGA